GACGUAACCAUAGCAACAUUAAUUCGUUAUGGCGGCAAUCAUGUACGCGUUUUCGCCUCUCUGAAGCUGUGAAGCUGAAAUUGAGUUGUUGAUAAUUCAAGUUCAAGUAACAUCUGUUUCAGAAAAAACCAAGAUGCUUCACGAACUGCUUUUUGCUUUGAAUGGAUACCCAGGAAGCAUUUUUGUGGAAAGAGAAGGCACUUUUUCGGUCACCAAAGGACUUCCUUUUUUGCACCCAUCCGAGACAGCGAUUCUGGAUAAGCUUUGUGCUUUAGGCUACCAUGUCAAGUACUUGCGAACCUUCAUCUCAAGAUAUCGCGGUCUCAUGGCUAGCGAUAGUCAGGAAGGUGAGACGCCACUCAGACGUGGCUUCUACCUGCACGCAAUGUGCUCAGGGCUGCAAAAAGUCCUGCAUCAAUACUCGGAGGAACUAUUUCUUCUUGAGAAAGACGUUCUCGAGGGACACCAGAUCUCUCUGAUGCGAUUUCAAGAGGCUCUUGAAAAGUACCACUUGCUGUUUCUGAAGUUGCGUGACCUGGUAGCCGAGAUUGAAUCCGGUAAGGUGCAUGGCUGCAGUAUCCUUCAGUCUCUGCACAAGGCUUCCACUACAGCGCUCCCCAUUGCUAAGAAAAGCAUGUCGCUGCUCUUGCAGGCUGGCUAUGGAGUGCUGUGCCAGCAGAUUUCCUCCUGGGUGUUGUAUGGUAUUCUACAUGACCCACACCAAGAAUUUUUUGUUGUAGAGAAGUUGGCCACCGACGUGUCGCGGACGCAACGCAACACCAGCCGCAGUCUUUUAGAGGUUCCUUUAGAGUCAAUGGAUGACUUUGGCUUGGAACCCAAACUGCUGCCUGACCAGCUGUCAGGUUCUUUUGCCAGAAAAGUGCUUUUUGCUGGCUCAGCUGUACGAGUCUUUGGGCAGUCUAUGGAGCGGCCAAUCUACACGGCAGAGCAAGAGACAGAGUUCUUGGAUCGCCUGCAGAAAAUCAGCGAAGCUCCAGAGAUUGAUUUGUUUCACCUGGAAGCCUUUGUGAAGGACGUUCGCUCAGCUGCAGCUGCGCACCUGUGGCAGCUCUUUGUGGAGGAGGGCUGUCUAUUGUCCCAGCUGCGGCUCCUGAGAGAUGCCUUUCUCCUGGGCCGAGGGGAGCUGUUCUUGCACUUCUCUCAAGUGGCCAAAGACCUCCUGUGCCACCCACGCACAUCCACUACUGAGCAAGAUGUAAACGUCAUCUUCCAGCAGGCCUGCAGUCUGCUCCAGUCAGAAGAUGAGAACCUUGCUGAACAAUUCCGCAUCACAGUUGGGCCUUCACUGUCACAGGACAGCAGUCAACCACCUUUGGCUGGAUGGGAAACAAUAGGCCUGAGCUACAAGGUGAAGACGCCUCUGCAUGUGUUCUUCACUCCAGCUACCAUGUCAAAGUACUCCCGGCUGUUCCGGCUGCUGUUUGGCUUGCAGCGGGCCCAGACCCUCCUCCAGGAGUGCUGGGUGCUCCAGUGUAAGGUGGCACGCACGGGACCCCUGCAGGGCUGUCCCCUGAUGCGGCGCAUGAUGCAGCUGCGUGCAGAGAUGGCGCACCUUUUGGACAGCCUCCAGUACUACCUCCAGGUGGACGUGAUAGAAAGCCAGUUGGGUCGUCUUCUUGGACAAGUGACGCAGACUCGAGAUUUCGAAGCCAUCCAACAUCUGCAUAACAGUUACCUUGCUUCCCUUCUCAAGGACAGCUUGAUAAUGCUGAAACCUGUGCAUGACUGUCUUAGGUCAAUUCUUGUCCUGAGUCAGUCUUUACGUGCCAUCUUUCCUGAAACCAAGGAACCACUUACACAGAGGCAGUUCUCACAAUACGAGAGCAUUGAACAGGAAUUCCAAUGUCAUAAGCAGCUGCUUCUAAAAGUGCUGUCUUCCCUGCACAACAAGCUCUCUGAAUCACAGCCUUCCCAACUGCUGCUGCGCCUGGACCCUGGCUGCGUACCAGCCCGCGCGGCAAAUGCAGUGUGACAUCUCAACCCAUCAGAACAGAAUGUGCCAAAAAGUUCCACCACUAAACACGUGAAUCAUU